GGUGUCACGUGGCUCGGCUCGCUGGGAGAGAGGAGACCGGCGGGCCAUGGUAGGCUCCACGCUCUGGUUUUCGCUGCUGCUGGCGGCAGCGUUCGCCGGGCGGGCGACGGCCCUGUGGCCAUGGCCCCAGUACAUUCAAACCUCCGAGCGGCGCUACACCAUCUUCCCUCACAGCUUCCAAUUCCAGUACCACGUCAGUUCGGCCGCGCAGGUGGGCUGCUCCGUCCUCGACGAGGCCUUCCAACGCUACCGUGACCUGCUCUUCGGUUCCGUGUCCUUCCACUUUCCCCAACCCAUGGGAAAACAGCAUACGUCAGAGAAGAAUUCGUUGGUUAUCCUUGUCGUCACUCCUGGAUGUGACCAGUUUCCUUCUUUGGAGUCUGUGGAGAAUUACACCCUGACCGUAAAUGAUGAGCAGUGUUUCCUCCUUUCAGAGACUGUCUGGGGCGCCCUCCGAGGUCUGGAGACUUUUAGCCAGCUUGUUCAGAGAUCUCCUGAGGGCACGUUCUAUAUCAACAAGACGGAGAUUGAGGACUUCCCCCGCUUCCCUCACCGGGGCUUGUUGUUGGAUACGUCUCGCCAUUACCUGCCACUGGCUAGCAUCCUGGACACUCUGGAUGUCAUGGCGUACAAUAAAUUCAACGUGUUCCACUGGCAUCUGGUCGAUGACUCUUCCUUCCCAUAUGAGAGCUUCACUUUUCCAGACCUCACCAAAAAGGGGUCCUACAACCCUGCCACCCACAUCUACACAGCACAGGAUGUGAAGGAGGUGAUUGAAUAUGCGCGGCUUCGGGGUAUCCGUGUGUUGGCAGAGUUCGACACUCCUGGCCACACUCUGUCAUGGGGACCAGGUGUCCCUGGAUUAUUAACUCCUUGCUACUCUGGGUCUCACCCUUCUGGCACCUUUGGGCCAGUGAAUCCCGCUCUCAACAAUACCUAUGAGUUCAUGAGCACCUUCUUCUUGGAGAUCAGCUCUGUCUUCCCAGAUUUUUAUCUUCACCUUGGAGGAGAUGAGGUUGAUUUCACCUGCUGGAAGUCCAACCCAGAUAUCCAGGCCUUUAUGAAGAAGAAGGGCUUUGGUGAGGACUUCAAGAAGCUGGAGUCCUUCUACAUCCAGACGCUGCUGGACAUCGUCUCUGCCUACGGCAAGGGCUACGUGGUGUGGCAGGAGGUGUUUGAUAAUAAAGUAAAGGUUCAGCCAGACACAGUCAUCCAGGUAUGGCGAGAAGAGAUGCCUGUAAGGUACAUGAAGGAGAUGGAACUGGUCACCAGUGCCGGCUUCCGGGCCCUGCUCUCUGCCCCCUGGUACCUGAACCACAUAACUUAUGGCCCUGACUGGAAGAAGAUCUACAUGGUGGAGCCACUGGCAUUUGAAGGUAGCCCUGAACAGAAGGCUCUGGUGAUCGGCGGAGAGGCCUGUAUGUGGGGAGAGUAUGUGGACAGCACCAACCUGGUCCCCAGGCUCUGGCCUAGAGCAGGGGCUGUUGCCGAGAGGCUGUGGAGCAACAAGACGGUGACCGACCUGGACUUUGCCUAUAAACGUUUGGCACCCUUCCGCUGUGAGCUGCUGAGGCGGGGUGUCCAGGCCCAGCCCCUCAGCGUAGGCUACUGUGACGUGGAGUUUGAACAAACCUGAGCAAGUACCCCAGGCACCGAGGAGGGUGCUGGCCCUAGGAGAGCGGUAGCGGGGCCAGGCUUCCACUGUACCCCACCCGGGGGACGGGGCCCCUUGCCCACAUUCCUGUGUGCCUGGAGACAAGGGGGCUGGUGUUGGUACUGGUGUCCAAUAAAGAGUGAUGUGGCAUUUUUCUAUAAUGAAUGUGGAUUACCUGUGUGAAAAAAAAGUGAGUGGCCCUAGGGUAAGGGAGCUGCCAGAACUGGCCUUCUGCCCCUGAGGGUGAUAGGGCUCAGCAGAGCCCAGCCAGGUUGGGCUCAGUAUCUGCCCCUGGAGGGAUCUUAUAAGUUGAGGGCUGGGAAUGAAACCCAUAGCCUUUGUGCUGUCCUGCUCUGCCUGAGUUAUGAUGCCUCUCCAACCCCACACAUAGUCCAGACACAUACCCCAUCCUUAGACUCAUCACUUAGCCCUCCAAGGCUUCUGUAUACAGAAGACACCAUAGGGGACCAAAGAAGUUCUGGGAAGCCGCAGGGGCUCCAGCCCCAACCUGGUCACAGAAUAGCCCCUCCCCCAUGCAUACUCACAAACUUCCCUCCCCUAGAGCUUUUCUUCUGCUUUGGGUUUCUUGUUACUUCAAUUGCAUGCAAACAUUAUUAAAUAUUGAACACAUACUAUGGUCUUGGCACUGUGGUAGGUGCCAAGAAUUUGAAGAACUUAGUCCCCAGAGGCCCUGGUCAACUCCCCAAAAUGGCAGCAACUUCCACCCCUCCUCCCACCCAUUUUCAGUCCGAUAGCAUCUUCUCAGAGAAUUGAUGGCACAGCUGAGACCAUGAGAGGGAAGCCUCUGGAGGACCAAGAGGUGGGCAUGUGGCUCUGGAAGAGUGUCUUUGCGUAAGUUGACCAGUUUUCCUCAGGAGGAACUGCCUCAUCGUGGACCCAUACUGCCCCCUAGUGGUUUCAUGUUCACAAGUGACAGUGCAGCCCAGAGGCUGGGCAGUAGUGGACAGCAGCUGUUUUAGAUGAGGAUUUCUUUGACCAUUUUUUUUCUUUUACCUGGUCCUAGUCUGGAAGGACAAAGGAGAGGUCCCAGGCAUUUCUUUCAGAAAGUUUCCAAUCUAGUGGAUACAGAAACUUGGGGAAGGUAGGCCUGAGAAGGGAUCUCAGUAAAAUUUGGUCCUUAAAUAGCAUCCUUCAGUCCCUUGAUCAAGUCCCCUUUGGGGACUUGGUUGGACAUACACCAGCCUGGCCUUCUUGCACUGUUACCAUAGGGGCAGGUUGGGCACCUUCUACCUGCAGAAUCCUCUAGGGAAAGGGUAUUCACACAGCCCAGAUAAGCCGAGCCCAGGGCUCUGGCCUGGAGAGACACGAGUUAAGGCUCUACUAUCUGUCCCCACCAAAGCAGCACCCUUACUCUCUAUUACCUGGAGAAGCCUUUGGGGUAGUCCCAGGCAAGGACCCUGCAGAAAUGCUGCUAUACUUCAAGUGCCCCUGCUUCCUUCCUGAUCAUAACUGGAAUAUUGCUAUUGUUUGGGAUAAUGUUAAAUAAAAAGAUCAGACACUAAAUUGUAAGUCUCAAGUCAAUGAAGGAAGAGACCAUGAAAACACUUGUAUUAAAGCAGUAAAGGUCUAUGAUUUCU